AUGUGGACAUGCAGGGAUAUAAAUUCAACGGCAAUCACAUGCCCUCCUGACUACGGCAGCUGCAUCGUCCCACAGACCAACUCAAGUGCUUUCUGCACUCAGUGUCCCUCCUUCUGCACCACGUGUGACAAUGCCGAAACCCUCCCCAUCACCAACACCCUCCCCGUCGCCAGUGCCAACACCCUCCCCAUCGCCAGUGCCAACACCAUCGCCAUUGCCAGUGCCAACACCCUCCCCAUCACCAGUGCCAACACCAUCGCCAUCGCCACUGCCAACACCCUCCCCAUCGCCACUGCCAACACCCUCCCCAUCGCCACUGCCAACACCCUCCCCAUCGCCACUGCCAACACCCUCCCCAUCGCCACUGCCAACACCCUCCCCAUCGCCACUGCCAACACCCUCCCCAUCGCCACUGCCAACACCCUCCCCAUCGCCACUGCCAACACCCUCCCCAUCGUCAGUGCCAAGCCCCUCCCCACCUCCUCCCACGUUAACUCCCAUUUUGGCAUGGUGAUGCUUGUGGUUAUCACGGCGCGCAAGGCUGUGCACGUAACGGAGGACAACCAGAUCAAUCUGAAACAAUGGGUGGCCCCCUUGGUGGACUCCAGUGCUGUAUUGGCCUUUAAGGACCCCCACUUGGACGCACCAGAUGACUUGGUGCUGCGCUGGGCUCGCCUUGCCCUCUCCUGCACCGCCAUGCCUGCAGCCUCCCGCCCCUCCAUGAAUCAAGUGCUAGGGGAGCUGGUGAAGUUGAAGCAGGAGGCGUUCGGAGCACAUGAGAGCCAUGUGGGCGAGGCCGAAUCUUGCAUCUACAUGGAAAUCGGGAGUUCCAUUGGCUCCUCCAGCUUCACUGCUGAAAUGGCCCGUGCGGAGCGCGCGGGCAUGCCAAGUGGCUCUUCCACGUAA